AUGGAAUCGCUCCUGCAACACCUGGAGCGCUUCUCCGAGCUUCUGGCCGUCUCCCGCACGACCCACGUCAGCACCUGGGACCCCGCGACCGUGCGCCGGGCCUUGCAGUGGGCUCGCUACCUGCGCCACGUCCACAGUCGCUUUGGCCGCCAUGUCCGCAUUCGCACGGCUCUGGAACGGCGACUGCAAAAGCGGGGGAGACAGGAUGGCGCCCCUGGGUCCGCUCCAGUCCCCGGGUUGACGAACUUCCAGGCGCUGGGGCGCUGUGACCGCCUGCUGUCUCUGCGCCUGCUGGAGAACCGGGCCCUCGGGGAUGCCGCCUAUCACUACCUACUGCAGCAGCUCUUUCCGGGCCCUGGCGUCCCGGACGCCGACGAGGAGACGCUUCAAGGCAGCCUGGUUCGCCUCGCCCGCCGCGGCUCCGCCGUCCACAUGCUGCGUUUCAUCGGCUACGGAGAGAACUCGGUGCUUGAGGACGCAGUGCUGAAGACCCAGGCGGAGCUGCUGCUGGAGCGUCUGCGGGAGGUGCCGAAGGCCGAAGCCGAGGGCCCCAGCAGGUUUCUCAGCACUCUGUGGGACCGCUUGCCUCAGAACAACUUUCUGAAGGUGAUAGCGGUCGCGCUGUUGCUUCCCCCGUCGUCUCCCCGGCCCCAAGGAGAAGAGUUGGAGCUGGGCACCCCCAAAACGCCCGGAGAGGGGGGUCAGGAGCUGGUCCGUUGGCUUUUGGCGAAGUCAGAUGUCAUGGCUGCCCUUUGCCACAACCUCCCAGUCGGGCUUUUAACUUCGGUGGCAGGCCGCCAUCCAGAGCUCUCCCGGGCCUACCUGGGUCUGCUUACAGACUGGGGUCGACAUCUGCGCUACGACCUUGAGAAAGGCACUUGGGUUGGAGCUGAGUCCCAACACGUGUCCUGGGAGGAGUUGUACGGCAGGUUUCAAAGCCUCUGUCAGGCCCCUCCACCUCUCAAAGAUGAAGUUCUAACUGCCCUGGAGUCCUGUAAGGCGCAAGAUGGAGAUUUCCAAGUCCCUGGUCUCAGCAUCUGGACAGACCUGUUGUUAGCUCUUGGGAGUGGGUCAUGAUAGUGCAGUUGGGGGAAAAAAAAGUUUUAGGUCUCAGCCCAGGCCCCAGUUCACUAUGGGCAGUGUUCUGUUAUUAUUUGUAUGUAUAGUUUACAAAAUUAAAAUUCCAGUGCUUGC